AUGUCGGCUGCUGAAGGUAUUGGUGGUGGCAGGGGCGGGGCGAAGACGAGUGACCCCGUGACGGCGACGGCCGACAUGACCUCACGGCUGAGGAAUGCCGUGGAUGACGUGCGGCGGGACCCGUCGAAGCAGCUUGGCAUCUCCGCGGAGGAGCUGCAGCAGCGUCGCACGCAGGCGUCUAGUCCGCGUGCCUUUGUAAGCGACCAGACAAACCGUCCUUUCGAGGUAAAAAGUUCGGCGCGUGCGCAUCAGAUCAUGAACGCAGGCCUCCUGGAGCGGCAGCGGGAGACACGGAACAAGGAGGUGAUGAAGAAGAUGUCGCUGCUGCGUCGUGUGCAGCUGGUGACGUUCUGCGCCGGCAUCGGCAUGGCGUGCUGGUUGGGCGUUGAGUAUCUUCUGCCACGCUACGCCGCCGUGCAGGAGAGGAGGCGUCUCUUGCAGCUCCGCCGCGAGAUGGCGUAUAGGAAGUGGGAGGAGGCGGAGGCGCAGCGGCGACAGCAAUAG